AUGAAGAAAGGAAAGAAUAGUUAUAUGUUGUUGGCAAAUCAACAUGCACAUGAAGAUGACGACGAUGAUAAUAAUGAUGAUGAUAACAACAACGAUAUAGACAGCACUGUAAAUAACAAUAAAGAUGAUCAAAGUAGUAAGAGCAUACCAUCAACAGAUGAUGAUGAUGACUACGAUGAGAAUGGUCAUAAUAAUAGUGGCAAUAAUAAUGAACAAAGAAAUUUAUUAAAUAAUAAUAGUAGAAAUAAUAAUAAUAAUAGUUUGAUAAUGGAUGAAGAGGAAGAUGAAGAAACGGAAAGAAAUGUUAUAUUGUUUAGUAAUAGGGAUCCUUCAGUAUCGAUAUUUGCAACACCUUCAAACAACCCAUCGAUACAAAGUAUGGGUGGUGGUACUCAAGGAGGAGAAAGUUCGACAAACAAUCAGUACAAUAAUCACUUCCCAUUCCCAAGAACACCAAGUUCAUCAAACAAUUAUUAUCCAUCCGAUGAUGAUGACGAUGAAAAUGAUGGACACCACACAACCAUCGAUAUGAACCAAUUACAUCGUCAUUUUAUUAAUUCACCUCCUAUGAAUGGCGGCGGUGGUCGUCAUACUACUACAACAACCUCUACAUCUACUUCAAGACAACUUCAACCACAACCUGCAUUACAAUUAAAACAAGGAGAAGCUAUUAUAAUUAGUGAACCUGGAGGUUAUGGUAAUAAUAUAGUUGUUGGAUUCAAUGAUAAACGAUUCAACGAGCUUGGUCAUGACGGCAGUCACAACUUGGCAAGUUAUUUUAAGAAUAUGGCUGAUCCCUCUUCAGUAUCUUCUCAAACCACCACUUUAAAUGCUGCAUUUAGACAAGCUGCGGGAGACGACGGUGCCGCCGCUUUGGAUGAAGCAUCGCGAUAUCUAUCAGAACAUCGAUACGGAAAGGCAAAGAAGCUAUUAUCAUCGAUUACACUGGGUGAGAUAUUGGCAUGUGCCAUGAUAUCACUAGAAGUUCCCAUUGGACUGAUAUUCUUCCUCUUGGUAUUCAUCGUUGCAGCCGAUGUUGCUGUAUUCUACACUCUUGCAAAGAACAAGCUCACAUUCAUGUCCUAUAUCAUUUUUGGAUCGGCUACCGUUGUAUUCAUGGCUGGUUUCUUUAUACCUAUACCAUCGGUUAUCUCUUUAAUUAGAUUAAUCGUCUUUAUGGUAUCAUUAAAUGCAAGAAGGGAAAUAAAUAGCAAACAAUAA